AGCGACUUGAAGAAGAGCAGCGGGCACUUCGAGUAGUGGAGUCCGAAGACUCGCUUGUGACAGCGGACAAGACUCUUAAGCGACGUUGGUAGAGAGACAGAGAUGCCUGGAUCCAAGGGAACAGCCAUCGGCAUCGACCUGGGCACCACCUACUCCUGUGUUGGGGUCUUCCAGCAUAGCAAGGUGGAGAUCAUCGCCAAUGACCAGGGCAACCGCACCACCCCCAGCUAUGUGGCCUUCAACGACACCGAGAGGCUCAUCGGCGAUGCGGCCAAGAACCAGGUGGCUCUGAACCCAUCCAACACCGUCUUUGAUGCCAAGAGGCUCAUCGGGAGGAGGUUUGAUGACCCAACGGUGCAGUCUGACAUGAAGCACUGGCCCUUCCAGGUGGUGAGCGACGGAGGGAAGCCCAAGGUGAAGGUGGAGUACAAGGGGGAGAAUAAGACCUUUUAUCCAGAGGAAAUCUCCUCCAUGGUGCUGACCAAGAUGAAGGAGAUUGCUGAGGCUUACCUGGGCUCCACUGUCACCAAUGCUGUCAUCACUGUGCCGGCUUACUUCAAUGACUCCCAACGCCAGGCAACCAAAGAUGCUGGUGUGAUAGCUGGUCUCAAUGUCCUGCGUGUCAUCAAUGAGCCAACUGCAGCUGCCAUUGCCUAUGGGCUGGACAAGAAGGGCAAAGGGGAGCGCAAUGUUCUUAUCUUUGACCUGGGUGGUGGAACCUUUGAUGUGUCCAUUCUCUCCAUCGAUGAUGGUAUCUUUGAGGUGAAAUCAACGGCUGGUGAUACCCACCUGGGAGGAGAGGACUUUGACAACCGCAUGGUCAAUCACUUCAUUGAGGAGUUCAAGCGUAAAUACAAGAAGGACAUCAGCCAGAACAAGAGGGCGGUGAGGAGGCUGCGGACAGCCUGUGAGAGAGCAAAGAGAACCCUGUCUUCCAGCACCCAAGCCAGUAUUGAGAUUGACUCUCUAUUUGAGGGCAUUGAUUUUUACACCUCGAUCACCAGGGCUCGGUUUGAGGAACUGAACUCUGACCUGUUCAGGGGUACUCUGGAACCAGUGGAGAAAGCCCUGAGAGAUGCCAAGAUGGACAAAUCCCAGAUCCACGAAAUAGUCCUGGUCGGAGGCUCCACCAGAAUCCCCAAGAUCCAGAAGCUGCUGCAAGAUUUCUUCAAUGGCAGGGAGCUGAACAAGAGCAUCAACCCUGAUGAGGCUGUGGCCUAUGGGGCUGCUGUCCAAGCGGCGAUUCUGAUGGGGGACAAGUCGGAGAAUGUUCAGGAUCUGCUGCUCCUGGAUGUUGCUGCUCUGUCAUUGGGCCUGGAGACGGCAGGUGGGGUCAUGACCGCACUUAUCAAGCGUAACACCACCAUCCCCACCAAGCAGACCCAGAUCUUCAGCACCUACUCUGAUAACCAGCCUGGUGUCCUGAUUCAGGUGUAUGAAGGUGAGAGAGCCAUGACCAAGGACAACAAUCUUCUGGGCAAGUUUGAGCUGAGUGGCAUCCCUCCUGCCCCUCGUGGUGUGCCCCAGAUUGAGGUGACCUUUGAUAUCGAUGCCAAUGGCAUCCUCAAUGUUUCUGCUGUUGACAAGAGCACUGGCAGAACAAACAAGAUCACCAUCACCAACGACAAGGGCAGGUUGAGCAAGGAGGAAAUUGACAGAAUGGUGCAGGAUGCAGAGAAGUACAAGAAUGAGGAUGAAAUGCAGCGGCAGAAGGUUGCAGCCAAGAACUCCUUGGAGUCCUACGCCUUCAACAUGAAGGGCUCUAUGGAGGAUGAGAAGGUGGCUGGUAAGAUCAGUGAAGAAGACAAGAAGAAGGUCAUUGACCUGUGCAACCAGACAAUCUCAUGGUUGGAGAAGAAUCAGAUGGCGGAGAAGGAGGAGUUUGAGCACAAGCAGAAAGAGCUGGAAAAUCUCUGCAAUCCCAUCAUUGCCAAACUGUACCAAGGAGCAGCCCCAGGGGAAUCCUGCAGGGCACAGGCUGGAAGUGCCACUUCCUCAGGACCAACUAUUGAGGAGGUGGAUUAAAAGCAAUGAAGAUUAAGAGUGCAACCUGUCACAUCUGGUUUAAGAUGCACUGUUCACAAUAGCCUUGACCUGAUUGCACUGAUAAGUUUUGCCGGGUGAUUGUACUUGUUCUUUGGUAAAUGUUGUUAAUUUGCUAUCUUACUGAAUCCUCUUGGUGUUUUUAGUAUUUUUUUGUAUGUUGCCUUGUAUAAAUGAUUUUAUUGAUGUUUAGUACUGAUGGUUAUACUUGCAGACCUUUUCACAGUAAGGCUCUUUGUUAAAACAUUUUUCAUUUUAUUUAAGAUGGCUUUUUAUCAAUAAAUCAG